AAUUCCUGGACCACUAAAGCCGGCAAUUGUAUCUCCGGAUUCCACAGGAGACUUUUUUUUUGGUGUUAUUAUUAGGUCAUUGGAUCCGUGGAAAGGGGCGGGGCGGAGAGGGAGAGAUGAAGGAGACGAGCUCAACCGCGAGCGACCCGAGGCAGCCAUCGACGGCGAGGCCCUACGUGCCUCCGACGGUAUCUCCGCAAGAUCUCCCCAUCGACUAUUCCGGAUUCUUCGCCGUGAUCUUCGGAGUCACCGGCGUCAUGUUACGAUACAAGCUUUGCUCUUGGCUGGCCAUAAUUUUUUGUGCUCAGUCUCUUGCAAAUAUGAAGAAUCUUGAAAAUGAUCUCAAACAGAUAUCUAUGGCUAUGAUGUUUGCAAUUAUGGGUUUGGUUACAAAUUACUUCGGGCCUUCUCGUUUAGCCAGCAAACAGCAAUAAUUUCAGUUCAUGACGUGCAUCUAUCACCUAUCAUCUUUCGGAUAAUUUGUUGGAUCUUAGUAUGGAGAUUGAGCAUCUGUAAUUUUUGUCAUAUACUGGGAUUAGAGUCAUUAGACCAUUCUAAAAGGUGCUUAAAUUGUGUUUCUUUGACAGCAUAACUUUGUAAUGGUGGUGCAUGGUGAUCAAAUUGAUUUGCUUGUAUUUUUACUGAUUUCAAGCUUUGUGCAUUGCUCAUCUUUUAAUUGGAUAGCCCUGACAGUUUGUGUGAUAAUUAUGUCAA